AUGGCUUCGGGAUCAGGAACGGGAGUGACGAGCACAGGUCGAGGCGGAGGCGUUACGUCGAGCUAUUCAACUCCUGCAUCUCUCCUGCCCAGCGCCAUCAACGCAGCGCCUUCAGCCUCCUACAUCGUCUCUUCCCAUCCUCUUUCUUCAUCAUCCUCUUCAAGCAUGGGCCCCACAGAUUUGGCCCUCUCGCGCUCCUUCAUUCCUCGCACGUCUUCUCUCAAAGACAGCAUGGAGAGCUACAGAGCUUAUCGCGAUGAGCGCAAAGAACCGCAUGGCGUUCUUCGAACGUAUGAUAUACUCGGAUUCCUCAGCAGUGGAACGUAUGGACGGGUGUACAAGGCGAGGCUGAAAGAAGACAAUGCGCUCGCCUUGAAGAGGAACAGGCGAGCGGCGGGAUCUGCACCUUUCUUCCGCACGGCAGCUGCGGAGAGAGAUGCGAAGAUUGUGGCAGAAGAAGAAUCGAACGUAUUUGCUAUCAAAAAGUUCAAACCUGACAAGGAGGAGCAGACCGGCUACACGGGCAUCAGUCAGAGCGCAAUGAGAGAGAUUGCUGUAAGUCGGUCGCAAGAGGUGCGGUGUGGGACCGAUGCCUGCGCCUCUCGGAUCUUCAAAGAACCAUCAGAUGCCUUGCCCGCCCUUUGAUCUUGCCCACACACUUGAUCACUGAUGCGCCAUGUUCCCCUUCAAUUCAGCUCAACCGCGAACUGAGCCACAUCAACCUCGUCACGCUGCGGGAGGUGAUCUUGGAGGACAAGGCAAUUUGUGGGUCUGCUGCGAUUCCUGAUCCUGCAUUGCGCGUCAUUCUUUCCAAAGCUCGUCUGAUGCCCCUUGAAGCCGCCUCGCCUCAUCUCUUUAUCCAACGCAGACAUGGUCUUUGCCUACGCCGAGCACGAUCUGCUUCAACUGAUUCAUCAUCACCACGUCACUCUACGAAGUUCCAUCUCCUCUGCCGUUCUGAAGUCCAUCCUUCAUCAGCUCCUCUACGGUCUGUCCUACCUGCACUCUCACGCCGUGCUACAUCGAGACCUCAAACCCGCCAACAUCCUCCUCACCUCUUCUGGCAUCCUCAAAAUAGCUGAUCUGGGUUUGGCUAGGCUCUCCUCACAACCUUUGCAGAGCCUGUAUACGGGGGACAAGGUGGUAGUCACGAUCUGGUACAGGAGUCCAGAGCUGCUGCUGGGAGCCAGGCACUACGGUACCGCCGUGGAUGUUUGGGCAGUGGGCUGCAUUUGGGGAGAGUUGCUGGCACUCAGACCCAUGUUCAAGGGUGAUGAGGCCAAGGGGGAUGGCAAAAAGGGCACACCUUUUCAAGGGUCAGUAGCUGCGCGUUGCGUGUUUUGACCGCGUCGUGUUGACCUGAGCCCUCUUCGAACGUGCUCCACAUCGCCUUCGCCCGCAGUGACCAGCUCAAGAGGAUCGUUGAAGUGUUGGGCACACCUACAAAAGAUAGGUGGAACGACAUUGAUUUGAUGCCAGAGUACAAGACUUGGUGGCCACACCUACGUCUUGAAGGGUGCGUGCGAUUCACUUCCUCUUCUUCAGCUGACUUUCAACUCUUGAGUGUCACUGACUUCCAACAUGACUUGUCCCCGACCGCUCUGGCCAUUCUUCUCCUUCAUCGACAGAUACCCGGGCGCUCUCUAUCACUGGUACACCGUUCGCGCAAAGACAUCGUCUGGCUUCGACCUGCUGGAGAACCUAUUGCAAUACGAUCCUGCCAAGAGACUGACGGCUGCUCAAGCUUUGGAUCAUCCCUGGUUCAAAGAGGUGCCUUUGCCCACUGCCGAGUAA